ACAGCCGCGCGGAGGCGGCCGCUCUUGGCACCGUAUCGGAGGAGGAAGGUCUGCCAGAAGUUCGCAUCGCCACCGGGGUGCUUAGGGGUGUGUGAGUGAUGUGAGGGGUGCAUCCAUCUGUGAAUGCAUUGGAAUAGUGUCCUGGGCCUUGAGGUGGAUGAGGAUGGGGCGGCUGGUGAGCGGGAGCACGAGCAUCACCACAAGAGCAAGAACAAGACGGACAGAGACUCAGGUCAUCCCGACGGCUGGAAGAGGCUGUUCAAAGAGGAGCUCAAAGUCAAGCCAAUCAACGGCACAGAGAACGUCUCGCGUACGUCACGUGCGAACCACACACACCACACACAGACACACACACACACACAGAGCGACCAAUUUGUUGUGUCCAUGCCCGCCUGCAAUGCAGCCAAGCCGUCGCCGGGCCCGGUGGCCAUCAUCAACAGCCUCGACCUGGAGAACUCCAUCAGGAUGUUUGGCAUUCUCGCCACUCCACCCGACCCAGUUGGCGCCGUCGGGCCAAAAAGCAUCCUCACCGCAACCAACACCGGACUCGUCUUGCAGGAACCCAAAAACGGCAAACUGGUCAGUCAGUCAGUCAGUCGGCCCUUGUGGAUGGAUGGAUACGGAUGCUUGGCUUGCUUGGUGUGUGUAUGGUAUGUCCUCCCUCUCUCAGAUAGCCGCUGAGCGUCCGCGUGAGUUUUUCCUGCCGGUGACAGUGGGUGACGGCCGCAAGUUCCCUCUUGACGUGCCGGGCGAGUUGGAGGAGGUGGCCAUCUUCUUCUCGCCCGUCGCGCAGUUCGACCCCAACAGUGGCCACUUCUUUGUUGGCUACCUCUUCAACCAGUGCGAGCAGGUCAUCGCCGUCUCCAAAACCAGUGAGCCCAAGUCUUUCACGCCAAAGGACUGGCUCAUUGCACGAUUCCCGGUGAGUGAGCAUCCAGAACGCUGGCAGGCAGGCAGGCAGGCAGGGAUGUUUGUGCGUUGUGUUUAUGUCUGUGGUCACUCAGAUUGACGAUCGGGAGCCGAGCACGAUUUUCGAGGGCGCGCUAGCGGCCUUCGAUCCGCCGGUCAACCGCACCAUAACCGGUGCGAUCCUCUCCCAGGUGCUGGCGGAAGUGUUUGGGCUCGGCCCCGACUCUGGCGAGUGCAAGCCAACCUUCUUCCUCUCUCACAACUCGCUCGGGGUCUCGUCAACACUCGUGGGAUUCGCCUACAACGCAUUCGCCUCUUUCGGUAGGCAGGGACACAACGACGAAACGCACCCCGACCACAUGCGUGUGUGUGAGUGCGCUCUCUCUCUCUCUAUGUGUGUGUGCGUGCGUGUGUAUGUAUGUAUGUGUCACAGACCCGAGUCUGCUGAUAGGCAGCCGCAGCAUCUUUUUCGCGUUCGACAACGUGGAGUCGGUAGAAGAUUUCGAGGCCUUCUUCGCUCCGUAAGCUCACUCACUCAUCCAGCGGAGGGGAUGUAUAGAGCAGAGCAGAACAGCCAUCGUGUCUUGUCGUGUCAUGUGGUGUGUUGUCUGUCUUCCGGUCAGGGGCGAGGCGACCCCAGCCGACAUCCUGACGCCAGGGAUAACGGAGCCAGGCCCCCUCGAGCUGGAGGACCUCUUCGACGCAUCUAUUGAGAUUGUCGACAGCAUUGGCUCUCUCUCACUGGUCCCAUAUGUGCAAGCCCCUGAGGAUGAGGAGGUGCUGCUGGGACCAGUCGGCUCCGACCUGUUCGCCAGUUUUGACACUUCGGCCGAUGAGGAGGAGGAUGGUGGCGUGUCGCUGCUGCAGCAGGCCGCGUCAGACCUGGCGGGGUCUUUUCUCUACGGCUUCACCAACAGAGGACCGGGUAUGGGACGGCGACAGACAGACAGACCCGCUGCAUACAUCCUCCGUCUCGUGUUAUGUCUGCCCCACCAACAGGAACAUCUGGUGCGCAGCUCAACACGCCUCUGAACGGCAUCUUCACACCCCUCGCGGCCUUCAGCCGGAGAACUUUCUCAACAGCAGCGACAUAGCGCGGGAGGCCGCCUUCAGGCGCAUCGCAGACCCAAACGAGACCUUUGGGCUCGAGGAUUCCAUCGCCACAGAAUUCGACGCAUUCGACGGCCUACAGACGCUGUUCGUGCUCAAGCAGCUGCUGCUGACCUCUCUGCAGAGCGGGAUUAUCACUCUGGGGCGCAACACAUACUUCCCAGUAGGCACACAGCGAGCAUGGUUGUAGCUACUGGGAAUGCGAUUCAGCCCGCCGGUCAUGCGAUGCGAUGCGUUGUGUGUGCAUUUCAGUCGGUAGAGUUUGACGAGCCUGACGAGGAUAUGGCGGGCAGCCAACUGGGGGGCUUCCAAAUAAACCUAGGUGAUGACAUCCUCCAGGUACGUACCUACCUCCAGACAGACAGACAGACAGACUGCCUGGUCAAUCCGAUUGACACACCCGCAGAAACAGGCAGUGCAGUGCACUCAGUGUGGAUGGCAUGGCAUGUCAUGUCAUGUCAUGUGUGUGACUCGCUCGGGCUGGGUAGGCCUGCCGUCAGACUGAGAAGCUGAUUGUGUGCGCGUGGACGGGGUUCAGGACCAUCAAAGACGCGAGCCUCGGUACGUUUGUACGCGCGUAGGUGAGAUACGCAGACGCACGUGUACGUGCAGCUGUGCUCAUGUGUGUUGAUUGAUAAUCAUUAUAUAUAGACAAGCGUUGUCAGCAGGCCUUCAUAGCGUACGCGCAGCUGGACGUCUUCACCCUCUUCUCCCGUGCCUUUGACGCCCUCGUGCCGCCCCCGCCACAGACAUCACUCACACCCAUCGUCGUCCCGUCACGGCUCACACGAGCCAUACUGGUUCGUAUGCACAUGUAUGAUACAUACGUGUGGGAAAAGGUCUCAUGCAUCUCCCUGUCUCUCUGUGUUGUGUUGUGUGCUGCCGCCCAAGGGGUGGGACUUUGCCUUUCCGUCGGUGGCAGCGACGCCCCAGGGGGAUGUGCUGGUCGGCUUCCAGGCGUUCGACAGGGCGGGCUUCCCCUCAGCCGCCUACGUCUUUAAGCCAGCCGACUGUCCCGACUUUGACCUGCCCGUCAUCUACAAGGUAGCAUAUGGGAGCCAGGCAGGGUGUGUUGUGUGUAAAUUGGUGUGGUGCACACAACCAGGCAGGGGAGGCGCCGUACUUCCGUCCAACGCAGCAGGAGGAGAAGACCGACAAACCCCGGGUGUCAUCCUGGUUUGAAAAGAGCAUGGCCAUGCAUGGAUGUCAAGAACGCGCCAGUCCAUGUGUGUGUCUUUCCAUCCGUCUAUUUAUCUGUCCUAAGGGGGUUCGGUUCGUCCACUGUCAACGAUAUACUCGACCCCCAGUGCCUCUGGACAGUCCAGGCAAGCCCCUCCCCCCCACCUCCUCUGCACCAGAGAGGGACGCCACGAGCGUGUGUCCAUUUCUGUCUGUCUGUCUGUCUUGCUGUCUGUCUUGCUGUGUGUGUGCUGGUCCUCUAUGUCAGCCGUACGCCAAAGUGCCGGGUCCUCUGACGAAUGGCGUCUUACUUCCGCCGGGAUUCGGCAACUGGGGGCUCGCAUGGGCCAAGGUACGCUUGGCGGGAGGGAGGCUCAAUGGAUGGAUGGAUGGAUGCUUUCGGUGAUCGGCCGAUCGGUGUGUGGGUGGAUGGGAUGGCCACAUCGCCUUCAUCUCAUCUGUCUCUCUCAGGUGUGCGUGCCCCUGGGUGCUUUCGUGCGCGGCGUCGCCUGAAGCGCCAGGAGGCCAUCAGACGGAGAAGGCGGCUCAAACGAGCUGCUAACCAAAGGAACACCGACAAAGCCAAAGGCAAGAAGACCAACGGAGAGAAGACCGGCAGCAGCAGGGCAGCGGCAGCCCCGGCAAAGAAGAGAAAGAAGGUGGUCAAGAGGUCGGCCGGGAGUGUGGACCACCCACCGUUAGACAGCGAUGAGUGGUUGGCGGCCCAGUUUGCGAGGCUGCUGGGUGGGCAGAAUAGGCGGCUGGGGCUGCAGGCCGUGUUGGGUAACAAGAGGGCGGGCCAGAUAGAAGAGUUCCUGCAGCGAAGGGACAUGUAGACGUGCAGCUAGAUGAGAUGUUCCUGCGGCGUGGCGGUCAUCGCUUGUGUGUGGACCACAGCCAGCUGAAUCCUUCUCUCACUUCGAUUGAUUUGAUUGGAGUAGGCCAUCUGUCUGUCUGUCUGUCUGUAUUUGUCUGUCUGCGCAUUGUGUAUCUGUUCUGUAUGUGUCUAUCGGCCAUGAUCAGAUCAGUGUGUCUGUCUGGCUUAUUGUCGGUCAUAACUAAAUAGCUAGGUCGUUGUUUGGUCAGAUGAGUAAAUAGAAAUGGAGAGAGACAUGUGAUGUGUGUGUGUGUGUGUGUGAGUGGGUGCGUAUGUGCACGUCUGUCUGUCUACUCGGUU